AAUACCCGCCAAGGACCCAAAAAAGGCCAGCAGCGAGUGCAGCAGGCGCGCGGGACAGGACCCGGCGGGGACAGGAGAGCGGCCGAGCCAGGUGAGGGCGAGCGGCCGCCGCAGGAGGGCAGGCGACGUCCCCGCGCCCGCCCCGCAGGUUCCAGUCCAUCGCCCAGGGCUGACAAGGCAGCCGGUGAAUCACAGAAUUCAUUAUGUCUGAUGGAGAUUAUGAUUACCUCAUCAAGUUCUUAGCUUUGGGAGAUUCUGGAGUAGGGAAGACCAGUGUGCUCUACCAGUAUACAGAUGGUAAAUUUAAUUCCAAAUUUAUCACCACCGUGGGCAUUGAUUUCAGGGAAAAGAGAGUGGUCUACAGAGCCAAUGGGCCAGAUGGAGCCACUGGCAGGGGCCAGAGGAUCCACCUGCAGUUAUGGGACACUGCGGGGCAGGAGAGGUUUCGUAGUUUGACAACAGCAUUCUUCAGGGAUGCCAUGGGUUUUCUUCUGCUUUUUGAUAUCACAAAUGAGCAAAGUUUCCUCAAUGUCCGAAACUGGAUAAGUCAGCUACAAAUGCACGCAUAUUGUGAAAACCCAGACAUAGUGUUAUGCGGGAAUAAGAGUGAUCUGGAAGACCAGAGAGUAGUAAAAGAAGAGGAAGCCAGAGGACUUGCAGAGAAAUAUGGAAUCCCCUAUUUUGAAACCAGUGCUGCCAAUGGGACAAACAUAAACCAAGCAAUUGAGAUGCUCCUAGACCUGAUAAUGAAGCGAAUGGAACGGUGUGUGGACAAGUCCUGGAUUCCGGAAGGAGUGGUGCGGUCAAACGGCCACACCUCGACAGAUCAGUCAAGUGAAGAGAAGAAAGGGGCAUGUGGCUGUUGAAAAAUCAAGUGAGCAACACAGUAAUUCAGGUUGCCUGGGUCUGCGAUCAUCUCUCUGGCUGUGUACAUGGCACAGUGAGAUCAACACGCAUUGUAUACAAACUGCUUCUUACCAUCUCCAUUAGACCUGCUAAUAAAGCAUCCAGUU